AGCUACUCCAGCUAUUUGUGUCUUAUCUUGUCUAAACCAGCAUUUGCAGUUCCUUCCUACACAUUCACCGAAGCCUCGUUUAAACCAAAGAUAGACACAACAAGCUGGAGGAAGUCAGGCAGCAUCAGUGGAGCGAAGGAAUGGGUGACGUGUCGGGUUGAGACACUUCUUCGGACUGGCUUGAGUUGGGCUGUGACGCAGGCUUCAACAUUGUACAUGAGCUGGAGGCUGUGCGGGUCCGUUUCCAGCUGAGAGCUUCAGACAGUGACGGAGCGAGCCGAUGGGACGGGUGCCCAGAUGGUGAUAGGACAGGCUGUGGGCGAGCAGACGUGGUAGUGGAAUGAACAGCUGCGUUGACCUGGUGUGCUGGGCUCUGCUUGGCCUUCUCUCCCUCUCCACCGCACGGCCUGCUCUGACACUUCCAGAGCAAGGUCCUGCAGUGUCGCUGAAGCAGAGGUCGGAGGUGGAGCCGUACUCCACACACCCGGGAGAUUCGCUGCAGCUGCGUUGCCGACUGCGUGAGGACAUCCAGAGCAUCGCGUGGACCAAGGACGGGGUGCAGCUGCCCGCCAACAACCGCACCCGCAUCACCGCCGAAUACCUGCAGAUCACCGACUCGGUGCGCCAGGACUCCGGCCGUUACACCUGUGUGGCCAGCGGCCCGUCCGGCAGCGAGACCUCCCACUUUGCCGUCAACGUCUCCGACGCCGUCUACUCCGUGGAAGAGGAUGACGAGGAUGAGGAUGAUGACGAGGGGAACAAGUCGGAUGAGAAGAGCAACAAGGAAGCACAGCGAUCCCCUCACCGGCCCAUCCUCCAGGCGGGCCUGCCUGCCAACAAGACGGUGACGGUGGGCAGCGAUGUGGAGUUUUUGUGCAAGGUCUACAGCGACCCCCAGCCCCACAUCCAGUGGCUCAAGCACCUCAUGGUCAACGGCAGCAGGAUGGGGCCCGAUGGCUCUCCCUACAUCCAAGUGCUGAAGACGGCUGGUGUUAACACAACGGAUAAAGAAAUGGAGGCUCUCUAUUUACGGAAUGUUACUUUUGAGGAUGCGGGGGAGUAUACAUGCUUGGCGGGUAAUUCUAUUGGGAUAUCCCAUCACUCUGCAUGGUUGACAGUUCUUCAAGAGCGAUCCCCUCACCGGCCCAUCUUCCAGGCGGGCCUGCCUGCCAACAAGACGGUGACGGUGGGCAGUGAUGUGGAGUUCGUGUGCAAGGUCUACAGCGACCCCCAGCCCCACAUCCAGUGGCUCAAGCACGUCAUGGUCAAUGGCAGCAGGAUGGGGCCCGAUGGCUCUCCCCACGUCCAAGUGCUGAAGACGGCUAGUGUUGACACAACGGAUCAAGAAAUGGAGGCUCUCUAUUUACGGAAUGUUACUUUUGAGGAUGCGGGGCAGUACACAUGCUUGGCGGGUAAUUCUAUUGGGAUAUCUCAUCAAUCUGCAUGGUUGACAGUUCUUCAAGACACCACAUUCCAUCAGCUUUAGAAUGCAACCUCAAGGACAAGAUAUUCUCGAACGAAAGAUAGAACAAAAAAUAAAAUGGAACUACGCAACAAAACAAAUUAAAUGUAGCGGAACGUAAUAAUUCACUAACAAAAAGAUAUAAAUAACUAUAUACUAACACAUUAAUAACUGGACUAACUCAUGUAUUCUAAUCUAAAAUGUACUAUCAUAACCAAAUAAUGAUUCACUAUUUUUUAAAGUCAAGUAGACUUAUGAUCGUUAGUUAAGUCUGUUGGAUUAAUAUACUAAUAUACUAAAAUAUGUGUAAUUGAUUCGGGAAGACAAAUUCCCAGUUAUGCUCAGGACAAAUUAACAAGAAAUCACAGGCUGCAAGGGAGUGAAACAGCUGGCAAGCAGCCAAGAUCGCAUUUUUGGUUAACCCCUUCCAACCAGCAGAUUUGUACUUAAAUAUACUGGGGUUUGUCUGGUAAGUUAAAUACAGUAAUUAAAUAGUAAAUACUUAUUCAGUUUAAGACACCAGAAGAACUAAUCACAAUAGGUUUGAAGAAGGGUUUCGGCCCGAAACGUUGCCUAUUUCCUUCGCUCCAUAGAUGCUGCUGCACCCGCUGAGUUUUCCAGCUUUUUUGUGUAACCUUCGAUUCUCCAGCAUCUGCAGUUCCCUCUUAAACAACUAAUCACAAUACAUGUUCGCUGGUUUUCUCUAUAUUACCCGGUUUUGAACUGUUCGUUGUUUUUAACAAUCCUUGUUUAAGGGAACAGAGCUUAAUGCAACUUUACAUCUAUGGAAGGUUUCAUCAAUUUUUCUCCCACCAUUUGGUGUUUUUUCCCUCACAGUAUUUUUUUUUUUUUUUUAAUACUGUUUGUUCACAAUUUUUAUGUUAUGUAGCACUUUUAAAAAAUUUUUUCGUUAAGUGCACAUUUUCAAGGGAUAUACAAACAGAGUUUAGCAGCUGUGAGCACCCACCCAACACCCGGAAGCUUGAGGUGUUGCGUUGCACCAUUUGAAAUAAAGGUACCAUUGUCAUUUAUAAUGCAAGACGACGCACAAAAGAAAAUUGGAGGAAUUACGUUUUGUAGCUGGAACAUAAGGGGCGCUAAUGAACCAAUUAAAAGGGGUAAGAUUCUUGCCCAAUUAAAAUCUCUCAAUGCUGAUAUUAUAUUUUUCCAAGAAACACACGUGAAACUCCAAGCUCAGACCAGGCUGAAGGCAAACUGGAUCGGUCAAACAUAUCAUUCCUCCUAUCUCUCUAAAUCUAGGGGUUAUAAUUCGUAAAGGCAUACCAUUUAAACAUAAGAAUACUAUCGCAGAUAAAGAGGGGAGGUAUGUCAUAAUUACUGGAGAGAUAUAUUCCACUCCACUCACCAUGGUAAAUAUUUAUGCUCCUAAUUUGGAUAAUCCGCAAUUCGUUAAUAAAAUCUUGAAUAUAAGCUCUGAGUACAAUUACUAAAACGUGAUAAUAAUAUGGGAGAUUUCAAUUGCGUUCUAGAUCAAUAUCUGGAUAAAUCUGCCCAACAAAAGAGACAAUAUAAAAUCAAAAAUCCAGUGAACUUUUAAAUACAUACCUAAAAAACACAAAUAUAACAGAUAUAUGGAUAUAAUAUCAUACUUGUACAAUAUCCUUCUAAAUAUAGAAAUUCCAUUGUCAGAUGUAAUUAGAAGAGAGUGGGAACAGGAAUUUAGCUUAAAAAUCCCCAAAGACAGAUGGGGACAAUAUCUCCUAUAUAUACAUAAUUGUUCGAUUAAUGUAAGACAUACUCUAAUCUAAUUUAAAAUACUACACAGACUAUAUUACUCAAAAACUAAACUGAGCACAAUUUUUCCAAAUGCAUCUCCUAUCUGCGACAAAUGUAUAUCUCAAGAAGCAACUAUAACACACUCCUCCUUCGCCUCUUGCAUAAAAUCCAUAAAUUUUGGAAAUGAAUCUUUGAAAUCUUCUCAAAAUUAUUAAAAACAAAACUGGACCCCCCAUACAGAAUUGAUUAUUUUUGGAAUAGGAGGAGCCUGCUCCGAGACGUUUCCUCAAUUAUGGCCUGAUAAUAACAAAAAAACAUAUUUAACUUUUGGAAAAAUGCAUCUACCCCAACUCUUAAAAUGUGGAUCACAAGCAUGUCUGAGACGCUACAUCUUGAAGAUAUGAGACUGGUCUUAGCAGGAAAAGCAGAGCAAUUUUUAAAGAUAUAGUCUCCUUUCAUCGAUUCAUUACAAGCAAGGUAUGGUGGAACACAACUUUGGAAUUAAACCGAUUUACGGACAGGGUGAUGGGUGUGGUGAGAAAUGAAGCAGGUAUAUCAACACGUUAUGGUCCCUUUUUAAAAAAAAAUAUUUUUCGUUUUUGUCUUUUUAUUUUUUUUAAGCCUUUUACUUAUUCUCUCUGUGACUACACUCUUUGGUAGUUUAGGGGUUUACACAUUCACUUGCUCUUUCACUUUCUCUCUUUCUUGCUCUUUUUCACUUUUUCUACUUCAUUUUUGUAAAAAUUAAAAUGGAAAUGUACAAUAAAUGUAUUUUGUCAUAUGCCGCGGUUUAUACUACUGUACACUGCUUCUAAUGAAAAUAUUAAUUAAAAAAAAAAAAAAAAAUCAAGAAUCUGUCAAAUUCCUACAUGUGGCCUCUACAGGAGUCUGUGGCAAUGAAUUCCGCAGAUUCACCACCCGGCUGACCAAACACAUUCCUCCUCAUCUUCAUCCUAAAGGCACGUCCUUUUAUUCUGAGCUACUGGUGCUAUGAGAUUUUUCACAUUAACCUCAACAAGGGGAGGCAGUAAUGUUGCUCACUUACAUCGCAAGUGCACCGUGUACAAUCCUUCCCGAGUUUGUACGCAGGCCCCAUGUCCUGCGAGGGUUUUCUCCGGGAGCUCUGGUUUCCUCCCACACACCAAGUACGUAAAGGUUUGUAGGCUAAUUGGCUUGGUAAAAUUGGAAUUUGUCCUUGGAUGUGCACGAUAUGCGGGGAUCGCUGGUGGAAGGAUGAGUGCAGCUGCAACAAUGUUCAAAUGGCAAGAAAAUUCCAGGACAGAGCAUCCGAUAGAUUGGUACCACAAUACCGUCCUCAACACCCUUUCCCUCCAGCCCCAGCGCACGGUGCU